UUCUGUGACACUGUUAUUGUUGCCCAGGGCGCAAAGAGUCUAAACUUUUCCCCUGAGGUCAAGAAUGUGGCCGGUCCCCAAGCCGCCGGGAGCAGGGGCCUGGGUGGCUGGGGGUGGGGCUGGGGCCUCACCCCGAGCUGGGGCGAGAUGUUGGGGGGAGGGGGUCAGCGGGAACAAAACGCUUUGAAAUGCCUCCUCUCCAUCACUGCCAACAUUGUCCGCUGCCCACGGGGGGCCUGGCACCGCCUUGCCGGGGCUCCGGCCCCCAGCCCUGGCCAGACCCGGCCCGGCAUCUGAAAAUGGACAGAAGGUUAUUGUCCCUCCUCGCAGCCCUUUGUCUGCCCCAGUUCCAGAUGUCUAGGCUGGGACCAGGGAGCUGACCCAUGGUGGGCAGGGGGGAGGGGACAAAGGGGGAGAGCACGGGUCACUGCAUCCUGAGGGGUCAUUCCCAGACCCUGAGAUCCCACCCAGCCACAGCCCAGUCACCUUCUGGGCCGUCUCAGCCCUGGGAUUGUCCCUGUUCCCUUGUCUCUCCUCCCCUUCCCGGCAGACCAGGUUCCGGGCUCAGGAAGAGUUAAGGGCGCUUUGGGAUUCCCAGUGCUCUACCCCGCUAACUGUGUAAUCUGGAUAAGCUGUGCCCCUUCUCGCAGCCUUUGCUCUCGCGUGGGUAUCACUGGACCAGGGUGCAUUCAUUCACAAGAAAUGACAGAGCCCUCCUAUGUGCCUGCUCCGUGCUGGGCAUGGGGGCGCACAAUGGUGGGUGGGCCACUCAGAUCCUUCCGGAUUGUCGUUUAUAGUCGUGAUAGUAAAGGGGCAACAUUUCCCACCGACUCUCUCUGUGUCAGGUACCUGCUAACCGCUUUACCUGCAUUAUCUCAUCCUUUUCACAACAAAAUCAAGGACGCAGUAGAUAUUGUUCUUCUAUCCAUUUUCUAACUUUGGAUACUGAGAUUCCGAGAGGUAAAGUCCCUUGCCCAAAACUAGGCUGCCAGGAAGCAGCAGAGCUGGGAUCUUAGCCCAGGCUGACCGCCGCCACCGAGAGGAAUGAUCCACUAAUAAAUACUUGGAAGGUGCUGAGCGCAGAGCCUGGCACUACUCCGGACUCAGCCCACGGAGUGGGUGGUGGUGGUAAUUCCACCCGUGAGCUUCCCAUUUCACAGAUGGUGCUACUGAGGCCCAGAUCAGAGAGAGAGAAGCUCGGGGAAACUUAAAUAGCAACACCAACUGGGAUUCCAGGACCACCAGGGUCGGCCAGAGAGAGGCAGGCAGCCCAGUUUUGUUUUCAAACCCCAGUUCCGAGUGGGCUUGGGCAAGUGAUUUAGCUUCACCAUGCCUCCAUUUUCUCAUCUGUAAGAUGAAGAUAUUCCCUACUUCACAGGGUUGUUGUGAAAACUAAGUUAGGUAAUACAUUUCAAGCACUUAGCACAAUGCCUGGCACACAGCAGACAGUUAAUGAUAGCUAUUACUGUUAUUAUUCUGAAUGGGGUAACAUCUAUCCUUUUGAACCUUCCUCUCACCUGGGGUCACCUGAGGACAAGGCUCUGUUGAGAGGAGGGAGGGGCUGUGGGUUAGCAGUUGCUGAGUGGGGGUGGAGAUAGCAAUGCUUGGUCUGCUUGGGGGUUUCUAGAAGUGUUGCGACACGAUACUCCUGCAGGUCAGAGGAAGGCAGAAGGGGUCAGGCUGGGAGGGGAAGGGGCUGCCUGGCCCCAGAGGAGUUAACAGCUCCCGGGCCCUGGCCCAGCGGGACUGCCACGAUUUUAGCAGAGGAGCCAGGGCUGCUUCCUGAUGGGCAAAACAGCUGGCUGCACGAGGAAAACAGCUGGCCUGGACCCAGCCUCCUGAGGACAGAGGCAGAUUCUCAGAGGAGGACAGCUCCACAUCUGGGCUCCUGGGAGAGGAGGGCAUGGCCAAGAGCGAGAGGGUGGUCCUUUGGGGGUGGGGUGGGCAUUGGGUGGGACCCUGGAAGAUGAGGGGGCAUGGGCAGAUUCCUCGACCAGACACCAAGAUACGCUAUAUCUAAGCAGAGUGGUGACUCCAUCUGGAAUUUGGGGGUCUCAGUCUCCCCUCAAAUAGGAAAGAUGAGGGGCAGGGGAGCAGAUGGGGGGCAAGACUUCAGCGUUCAGCCCUGGGUCCGCUUGGAACCGGGCUUGGAACUUCAUGUAGGAGGGAGCCUACUGGGGCUCCUGGACCCCCACUGCCGAGCUGCACCAGGACCAGGAGCAGGGUGUGGGCUCCUGCUCUGGCCAGGAUCCUGGGCUCCCUUGGCCACAAAGCAGGACAGGGGCCCAGAGAGCCCCCAACCCAGGAGACGUGAAGCUCGCAGCUGGUAAGAGCUCCAUCCGUGCAUCCCCUCUGCCGUAGGCCCCCCGUUCCCAUCCUGCUUGGCUGCCAGGCUGUGAGGACCCGCAACCCUGGGGCUCUGUGUGGGCCCUGGGGUACUUUUAGGCUGCCCCCACCCAUUGGCAGGGAAACAGCACCUGAGACCUCGCGUUAGGUUGGGCAGGGAAGGCGGAGGGUUAAUGGGGGUGUGACCAGGGUCCACUGGACCACAGCCACCUGCCAGGGCUCCUGACCCCCAAGCCCCACAGGCCAGACACCCCUAAUUUCUCUCUGACCUAGGGGGCUCCUCUAGCCCACCUUCCUAAUCUCCAGGAAGAGGGGGUUGGCCUUCACCUUGGGUGUGCCAACCUCAGCGCCCCUCUCCCUGAUGAAGGUCACUCUUCAGGGUCCUUGCCUGUAGGCAGACCUUGGAGCUGAGGCUCCCAGAGGGGAGAAGAAGGGUGCCGGGGAGGGGGACAAUUCUUCCAGGGUCUCUGUUUCCGGAAGCCAGUGUGGAGCCUGAGGCACCGGCGCCACCACCUGGCUUUGGCCAGAACUACAAUGGCUGAGGGACGGGAGUGAAGAUGCUGUGAGGAGGGGAAUCCAGAGCCCAACUAUGUGUUGGUCCAGGGUGGUCUGGGUCCUAUUCAGCCAGAUGAACCCAAAACAAUCAUUUUCGGGGUCCUACGUGACCCCUAGAAUGAGUCCUUAGGCCCAUAGAAUAGCAGCUUCAAACUUGAGCUGGCAUCAAAAUCACCUGAAAGGCUUGUUGGUUUAACCUCCACUCCCAGAGUUUAUGAUUCAGUAGAUAUGGGGAGGGGCUUAGGAAUCUGCAUUUCUAACACUUUCCAGGUGACGCUGCUGCUGGCUCUGGUCCAGGGACCAUGUUUUGAGAACCACUGCUUUAGAAUUUCGGCGGGUUUGGCGCAAUAUUACCUUUGCAGAGUACGCCGUAUUAUUAUAUGUGAAGGCAAAAAAAUGAGUGGCCGGAGCAGUGCCGGUGCUGGCGAUGGAGGCGAGGACGAUGACGCGCUGGGGACGCCAGGCUCGGACCGCGGCGGGAUGACGUCUGCAGGUGUGCCACAGACCACAACGUGGACAACACCACAGAGAUGCUGCAGGAGUGGCUGGCUGCUGUGGGCGAUGACUAUGCCGCUGUGGUCUGGAGGCCUGAGGGGGAGCCCAGGUGGUGACCUGAGGGGAACGUUCUGGGGAAGAUGGACAACAGCUGCAGCCCAGAGAAGGUCCUACCCAGACGAGGAGGGCCCUAAGCACUGGACCAAAGAACGGCACCAGUUUCUGAUGGAGCUGAAACAGGAAGCCCUGACCUUUGCCAGGGACUGGGGGGCCGACUAUAUCCUGUUUGCAGACACGGACAACAUUCUGACCAACAACCAGACACUGCGGCUUCUGAUCGAGCAGCGGCUGCCCGUGGUGGCCCCGAUGCUGGACUCUCAGACCUACUACUCCAAUUUCUGGUGUGGGAUCACCCCCCAGGGCUACUACCGCCGCACAGCCGACUACUUCCCUACCAAGAACCGCCAGCGCCGGGGCUGCUUCCGUGUCCCCAUGGUCCACUCCACCUUCCUGGUAUCCCUGCGGGCGGAGGGGACAGAACAGCUGGGCUUCUACCCCCCUCACCCCAACUAUACCUGGCCCUUCGACGACAUCAUCAUCUUCGCCUACGCCUGUCAGGCUGCUGGGGUCUCGGCCCACGUGUGCAACGAGCACCGUUAUGGGUACAUGAACGUACCUGUGAAAUCCCACCAGGGGCUGGAGGAUGAGAGAGUCAACUUCAUCCACCUGAUCUUGGAAGCGCUGGUGGAUGGGCCCCCCAUGUGGGCCUCAGCUCAUGUGUCCCGGCCCCCAAAGAGGCCCAGCAAGAUGGGGUUUGAUGAGGUGUUUGUCAUCAGCCUGGCCCGCCGGCCCAACCGCCGAGAGCGCAUGCUGAGUUCGCUCUGGGAGAUGGAGAUCUCUGGGCGUUUGGUGGAUGCCGUGGAUGGCCGGACACUCAACAGCAGUGUCAUGAGGAGCCUCGGCGUGGACCUGCUUCCCGGCUACCAGGACCCCUACUCGGGCCGCACACUGACCAAGGGCGAGGUGGGCUGCUUCCUCAGCCACUACUCCAUCUGGGAGGAGGUGGUUGCCCGGGGCCUGGCCCAGGUCGUGGUGUUUGAGGACGACGUGCGUUUUGAAAGCAAUUUCAAGAUGCGGCUGGAGCUGCUGAUGAAGGAGGUGGAGGCGGAGAAACUUCCUUGGGACCUGAUCUACCUCGGCCGGAAGCAGGUGAACCCUGAGGAGGAGGCAGCUGUGGAGGGGCUGCCGCACCUGGUGGUAGCUGGCUACUCGUACUGGACACUGGCGUACGUCCUGAGCCUGGCUGGCGCCCGCAAGCUGCUGGCCUCCGAGCCCCUGCGCCGAAUGCUGCCCGUGGAUGAGUUCCUGCCCAUCAUGUUUGACCAGCACCCCAAUGAGCAGUACAAGGCACACUUCUGGCCGCGGGACCUGCGGGCCUUCUCAGCCCGGCCCCUGCUUGCUGCUCCCACCCACUACGCGGGGGACGCUGAGUGGCUCAGCGACACAGAGACGUCCUCGCCCUGGGACGAUGACAGCGGCCGCCUCGUCAGCUGGAGUGGCUCUUAUAAGACCCUGCGGGACCCCCGCCUGGACCUGGCCGGCAGCAGUGGGCACAGCCUCCAUCCCCACCCCCAGGAUGAGCUCUAGGUGGGCCUCGGUUUUCUCUCGCCUUCAACGACUGACUCUGUGUUUGGGUCUCCCUUUCCUCUUCUCAGCUGUCUUCUCUCUCUCCCUCUCUCUGUCUCGGGCUUUCUCUCUCUCUGUCUCUGUUUGUAUCUUUGACUGUGUCUGCAUUUCUCUGUCCACCUCUAACUCCCUCUCGCUCGCUCUCUUUCUCUCUGCCCAUCUCUAUCUCUUUGUGUCUCUCACUAUCUCUGUAUCUGUUUCUGUCUCUGUCUCUCACUGUCCAACUCUAGUUCUUUCUACUUCUCUCCUCUUACCUCUCUUGUCCCACCAGGUCAGGGUGGUGACUCCAGAGAAAUACCAGGGAAUAGGCCAUAGCUGUCCAGGGAGCAGAGCAAGAGCCGCCACCAGGAACCAUAGACCCAGUAGAGACCUGGCUGCCACCUUGGGCAUGGCCACUCUGCCCUCUGGACUCAUCUUCCAUUGGGAGAAACCACUCAGAGACGGGUCCCCUUCCCCAAAGGUCACGUAGCACAAGGGCAGGGCUCGCAGGCCCUCUUACUUUGCCAGCCUGAUUCCGGGCCUGGGGUGGAGGGAAGAAGGGAGGGCCCCCAGCCUUCAGUUUCAAGCUGGGCGGACACAGGAGCCCUGCCCCCAGCUGAGGACCCAGCUGCUGGGGCCCCUCUGCCACCUUCUACCUCCACCUCAGUUCCCUAUCCAGCUUGACACAUGGGUCUCACCUGCCACCCUCUUCCCUGGCCAGUGGGAAGUGCAGGGAGGUGGGAGGAGGACCCAGCACACAGUAGGCCCUCAAUAAAAGCUGGCUGGUAUUGCACUUUAUACUUUUUAACUCAUGGUUGAGCCUCUUUGUGUGUCCUGAGGGCUGGGAGGGAGGCGUUCCUGAUCUGUGAAUGAGCAGGU